CGAAACCCUAACGCCGCCGCCGCUUCACAGGUAAACCGCCGCCAUGGUCUCGGGUUCCGGCGUAUGCGCGAAGCGCAUCGUGGUGGACGCGCGCCACCACAUGCUGGGCCGCUUGUCGUCGAUUAUCGCCAAGGAACUGCUCAAUGGGCAGAAGGUGGUCGUCGUCCGCUGCGAGGAGAUCUGUAUGUCCGGUGGGCUCGUACGCCAGAAGAUGAAGUACCUCCGCUUUCUCCGCAAGCGGAUGAACACCAAGCCAUCCCAUGGGCCCAUCCACUUCCGCGCCCCGUCCAAGAUCCUGUGGCGCACCAUCCGCGGGAUGAUUCCGCACAAGACCAAGAGGGGGGAGGCGGCUCUGGCGAGGCUCAAGACGUACGAGGGCGUCCCGCCGCCGUACGACAAGACCAAGCGCCUGGUCAUCCCUGACGCUCUUAAGGUCCUGAGGCUGCAACCUGGACACAAGUACUGCCUCCUUGGUGAGCUUUCUAAGGAGGUCGGAUGGAACUACCAUGACACCAUCAGGGAGCUUGAGGAGAAGAGGAAGGAGAAGGCCAAGGUGGCCUAUGAGAGGAGGAAGCAGCUGGCCAAGCUGCGCCUAAAGGCUGAGGCUACAGCCGAGGAGAAGUUAGGGUCCCAGCUGGACAUUCUUACUCCGAUCAAGUACUGAAUUUGUGGAACAUCUGAUCCAUCGUUUUAAAAUUGUGACAGUAUAAUCUUGAGUGCUAUUCCGAACACAUUUUUUAGCCGGUGAAUGUAUUGUUUGUUUUAU